CACCAAUGCUUGAAGUUCUUAACUCCAAAAGGGAUCGAAACUAUUAGAGGAAGUCAAAAGAGUUCCAGAACGUGCUACGUCGCAAGCUUUAAGGAUAUUGAGCAGCAUCCCUAAAAUAAAAAAUGUAAGACCCUGAACAGACGUACACACGUACACGAACGACCGAACAAACGACCCUACUUCUAGGGAAAACAAUCAAACUACGUUAUGACUUGAUCCCUCACCGAGGGUACGUAGGCAACUCACAACACGAGUUCAAUUACCCACCAACUGCAAAACUCAAAAGAUGCACGCUGCGACACCCGAAACAUGCUAGCAUGGCAACAUCGACCUCGAAUAGAAAGUCAAGCUACCAUCUUCCUCACAAAUUUGUAAUAUAAACGACACUUGAUAUUUUUAAUGAAAUCUAAUUUUUUCUAUGUUUCACACUUCGAGCUCUCUCGAUAUCCUAUAUCCAAAGAAAACAAUCCCUCGAAUACUUAUAACGGAUGGCUGCAGACCAAGACCUUGAUCAAGUCUUUGGAAACGGCCAGCCCCGCCAACCAACGCGGCAAAAACUCGUUAACAAAAUCUUUUGCUACAUCGACCCACAGCCUCAUAAGAUCGUCCCACGUAAUUAUAAAAAUAAUAACGAUAACUAAAGGACUCGCAGUCCUGUUUUUUAUUAAAAAGAACAAUGCGACAAAAACAGAAGGGAAAAACAAAAGAAAAAAAAUUAAAUCCCUGAAACUACUCCUCGGCGUCAAACUCGCCAUCCUAAAACUGAUUGCCCACGAUCUUCGUCUCGUCACCCGGUUCAUUAACCUCAGAAGGAACUUUCGCAAAGAAAUCCUCUGGUAGAUCCUUAGAAAUCUGAGGGAGAUCCAAUUUCCCAAUAGAAAAAUCCGACACUGCCAUCACAUCGAGCUCGGACCCGAGCUCGACCUGCUUCGCUCGAAGACGUAACAACUCAUCCGAAGCCAACAAGUUAUUAUUCAUAAUCUCCUUUAGGAGAUCUAUAUUAGCCAUAACCUCCUUAAGACGAGCUUCACAAUCAGUUGCUGCCUUCUUCUUCUCCCACUUCUUCUUCAGAGAUAUCAACACAUCUAAAUAGUUAUCGGCUAAAGUCUUCUUAGCAUCAUAGGUUGUGCGAUGAAGAUCGUCAGCGAACUUACUAGAAGAAGACUCGAUCUUCGCAUGCAGAAAAGAAACCUACUCGAGGACCGACUUCCUCUCGUUACUCACGAUUCGCAAACGAGCUUUGAGCGAAGCUGCCUGAUUCCCUAGCUUUUCGGCAGCAGUCAGCUGAGCAGCGUUAGCAUGCUCUCGAUCCUGAGCCAUCUUCAAACCAAUAUUUAGUUCCCGAACGACCUUCUUGAUUUCAUAAAGCUCAUUGGAGCGCGGGACAUCCUGCAAACGCCUCUCUAAAAUUGCCGCAAACUCGUUGUUAUCCUCCAUAGCUUGGAACAUGACGGAUCAACAUGAACACAAGCAAGUUAAGGACUCAAUGUCGCGAGUAUCAAAAAGCCAACCUUAGCGUGCGCAUCAGCCAUCUUAACGAAGGCAUCACGCUAUGUCAUGUUUCGAAGAGAAGGGAGCGGACACCCGACUGGCUUAAAUUGCCUGACAGCAACGCUAUCCGAAUCUUCCGUAAUCGGGUAAUCUUUGAAAUGAGAAAAUUUCCAUUGAAACGGUUUCGCAACAGUGUUUUCACCCGAAACACCAGGACAAUGAUCAUCGCCAGCCACGUUUGCCUUCUUCAGAGGGCUGUCUCGACCAUCCGAGCAAGUCGGACUGUUCUAGCUCGUACAAACCGCCACCUUAUAUCCUCAAAGGCUUUUCCCCUCUCUGCUAACGGGAGCAUGAUGAAGUCGGGUCUCUUAACGAACAACUACUGUAAGCGCUUCACUCACAUCACCAAAACAAAUUUGUUCUACGCCAACACUUCCACUCCGACCUCGUAUCCUCUCUGACUCACGGAGACCCACUCUUCUCCACGACAUAUCAGAAAAAGUAAAGGAAAAAGACCUCGCUCAAAACAUGAAAUCGAUACCGAGAAAAAUAAAAUCUUAUAAAGGGUAAACACACCGCAUGAUCUCAACAAGAAAGGAGAAUAAAAUAAAAAAUCAUAUGUUCAUCCGAUCAAAACAAAAAGAUAUCAAAAACGGAACAGAAAAGAUCGCUUAUAUCCGAUACAAAAGAAACAGAUAAAAAAACACCUAAGAACUAGCUCAUUCGCCGGAAGACGAGUCCGCAGCUUCGUCAUUGACAACCGAAUCUUCAGAAACUUGAGGAAAGUCGGGACCCGCCACCGACUAAUCCGGAACGGUGACCAAACUAGCAAUGGCCUCGCAGUCCUUCUCCAUCUCCUUCAGGGGAGCUAUCUCAUCCUCGACAACCAGCCCUUUAUCCUUGAUCUCGUUUAGCAAAUCAAGAUUGGCAACCACCCCGUGGAGUUGAAUCUCAGCAGACACUUCUUUCUUCUUAUCAACCCAUCUCUUCUUCAAAGAAGUUAAGACCUCUCAGAAGCCACUGGCAAUUUCACGGCGAGCAGCGCGAGAACCUCAGCUGAUGUCCUGGUCACGAUCCACUUCGAGCUCCGCAACCUUGGUUCUGAGAGUAGCGACCUCAGUCUCAAAAACUGCCCUUUCUUGACGAGCUCUCUGCCAUUUGUCCCUCAGAAUCAUAGCUUCUCAAGUUUUCUUCCUAGCCUCCUCCUUGGCCACCCGAAGCUCCUCCGUAAGCCUCCGGACCUCGACUUUCCCUUUCUCUACCUCGCUUUCAUUGCGAAGAGUAAGCAUGCGAUCCUCCAUCGUCACAGCGAACUCAUUGAAAGCUUCCAUAACCUGGAAAUGGGAAAAAGCCUAAGAAUUAGAAUCCUAACGCCUAUAACAUAGAUACAUAUAGCUCAAUGAAUUCCUCCUCUUCAGAAGAAGCAUGACACGGGGGACGACAACCCACAAACCUCGUACGACGAGCAAGAGAAACAUGGUCAUCCUGGCCCACGGAUGAUGGAUCAUCAACCUUUAGAGCGACCUUUCGAUUUUCGCUUGGAACAAAACGGCUCCUUCAUAACGGCCUUCGACGAGCGACGCCGUGUACGGCUCGCGGCAGCAUAAUUGUCCUGCAAGCUAGGACUCAAAGGGACAGGAGGCCUCCGACCUUCGGGGAGACCCUCAUCGUCCGAAUCCAGAAUCGAGAUUGGAAGCAGCCCACUAGCAGUUUUGCCCGCCGAUGCCGGCCUGGAGGUACGAAACGACGACCUCCUCGCAAGCUGCCUGUCCAACCUAUCACAAGGAGGAGGAUUGCUAGAAGAAGCCCCUACCUUAUCCGGAGAGCGUCUGCUUCAUCCUCAAAGGCGCCCGCGAUCACCGGGACAACACCCGAUCCGUCUGGCAUCAAGAAGGCAGAUCGAAUUCGAGCAUGAUCGUUAGAAGACCAAGUCGAACGACCUCUCCGAAGAGCUCCAAUUAAAAUUUGAAGCCCGUCGGUCAUGUCCGAUCUCCCCAAAUGAACUAAAACGAACAAAAAAAAGAGAAAAUCAGUCAAUAACUGCCCGCGCAUGCUAAUAUAGAGAAAACAAAAAUACUAAAGAAUGACUCACCUAUGUCCUCAGCCCAAUAUUGGGGAAGCCUCGAGAAAUCAAAAAUUCCCACAGACGCCUCGUCGAUCUUGAAGACGAAGAACUCAUCACGCCAGUCCUGAUCGCGAUACGGGAAACCCUGUAUGAUGUGACGUCCUGGAUGGGGAGACAUAAUAAAGAUUUCGGAGUUUUGGUUGUUUCGUUUCAUCAAAACGAGAUGAGGGAGCUCGUAAAGGCCAAACGAUAAACCCUCUUCGCGAGCCCUGACUAGGAGUGCCAAAAGAUGUCCCAAGAAGUUGGGGCACAUCUGAGUGAGCGACAAACUCCGCUCCGCCAAAGUACUAAGGAUAGGCUCUGGGAUCGGGAAGGUAAGACCGCAGGUCUCAAAGAAGGUAAGAUACGCCCCACCGUAUCCAUCGCGAACAGCUUCCGGAGAGUCUGUCGUGGAAGCCAAAUCAACUACAACGGCCCGAUCGACGCCAUGGACAGUAUAAAGUUCCUCGAGACAUUUAGCUGUGGUCGUUGGAAAAGGACAGAAGAACGACAGAGCCAUCUUAUCAGAAUACAGCAAUUAAAAGCCUUUGACUGCAAAAAAAAAAAGAGGAUUAAGGCAGCGUAGAAACGCUCUCGGGUACUUAUAAGCCAUCACAAGCCCUAACAGCAGUAUUGCUAAGCCCGGGGAAUUUAAUGAUUCGCCCUGAGGCGGCGCAUAUAUCCGUUACGCGGGCAAACCAAAAAGUGUGCACGAAGCAACGUAUGAAACCUAUUUAUAUCAUCUCCCUUCAUUCAUCCCGAAGAAAAGAGAUUUGGGGGACAAAUGUUGGACCCAAUUUUGGUCAAUUAGGUAAUUGGGCUUGAAUGAUUUGGGCCACACAGACCAACAAAGAAGCCCGACUCUGACGAGCAGGAAGAGAUCGAUUCAAGGAUCCGGAUAUCGCGGAACGGUUGUAGAGAUCACGGAGUCAACCCACUAUAAGAAGAGAUCGAGAGACAGAGAAAAAUGACACGUUGAAAACCCUAGAGAGAGCUACACCCAUACAUCAGCAUUGUUUUCACCUAGCUUUAAGUCUUUUGUCUUGUCGAUCUCAUUUGUAACAUUCGAUCUCGUCUCAUUCGUUGUAUUUAAUCUUAUUCAUAAAUAAAUCCAUCUUUGCCUACUGGAAUCUGAUUAUAUCGUUGUGUUCUAAAGAUAUCGUUGCCUACAUCAUUUUAUCUUUCCUAGAUUAAACUAUCGAUCACUAUCAAAUACUUAGUGUAGAUUUUAGGAUCUACAAUAUUGUAUCUAACAAAAUCCAAAAUGUGAUUUUUACACGAACUAUUCAAAAUUAUCCAAACGUAGGAACCGAAAAAAACUCAAAUUUUACCAGGUUCCUAACGUUAUUAUCUGAACCAAACUAAAAACUAAAAUAACCAAACCGAAACUAAACAUAAAUUCAUAAAUAACCAAACAGUUCAUACAUCUCUUGAACCGAAUAAACCGAAUUGGCACAAAUCGAAAAAAAAACUGGAACUGAACCUAAAACCAAACACCCAGGGAUAAACAAAUUAGUGGACUGACGGGUUAGUAAAAUUUUCAAUAAAAUCUAGUAAUGGUUUAAAUUAGAUAAUAUUACCCGGUGGACAAAAGUUUGGUCCAGUUUGUGCUUCGGGCUUAAUAGUAAUGAUGAAUUUCCGUACGCGUCCGGCCAGUGAUCAUUCAUUUUUCUUCCCUAGCUGUAACCUUUUUUUUUUUAACAUCCCCUAGCUGUAACUUAUAAGCAAUUGUAUUGUAUUUUUAUGGACAAAAUAGAAAACUUCAUAGAAAUUCGAAUAGAUGAAAUUGGUGGGAAACAUAAUUGAAAAGGAAAGCAAAUCAUCAUGAUUUAUCUACAAAAGGAUACUUAGCGUAAUGAAGUUCACUUGUUCUGAGUGAUUAUGAUUCGAUGAUUUGAUCCAGUUAGUUAAUUUUGUCGAAUCAUUUUCUUCUUUCUUCGUUUAAACAUUUAACUUGCACGAAUGGUUCUCUUGUGAUUGAACGGAAUCUUUGAAUUCAAAUUAAUUAAUUAAUAAGAAGACAAAAUAAGAUUCCAUGUUUUGAUAAGAUUAAUGAUUUUGAUGCAUUAACGGCAUAUUUGAAACAAAUUCAUUAAUCAGCAAAACUGAGAAUUUUGAACUACGAAAAUUCCAGUUUCUAGUUGAAAAAAUAAUGAUCGUAGAGAACAUAUUAUAAAACCUCAGAAACGAACUAUGUAGUAGAAAUUGGUUAACUGUAUUUAGCAAACAAAAAAGCGUUAACUGUUACCAUAAACCCAUUAUUUUAAUUUCUAAAUUAUGCAAGCUUCCAAUCUUAGCCUUUUAAAUAAAAAAGACGCUAUGGACUUCGAAUCAGAUUGUGAACAACUUGUGGAACUAAUUAACAGAGAAGAAGACUGACCAGCGAUGGCAGUGGAGCUAGAUGAGAUUAAAGCCUAUGCAACAAGAUUUAUGGAGUUUUCGAUAUUGUUUAUCCUUAGAGCUUUAAACGUCCGUGCAGAUGGAGAUGCUCCUCGGAGGAUCGGCUCGUCUGUUCCCACUUGAUCUAGCCUAGAUAGAUAGACAACAGAAAAAAAAAAAUGUCCGUGCACAUAGCAGGCGCUAGAUCAUGAGUCCUCAGGUUCCCCUCUGUAAACGGUUGUUCACCACGAUGGCUAGUACCUAAUACUGGUCAUAACUCAUACGGAUGCAGACCAGUAAGCUGGAUUGAUUUUUUUCGAUGUCAAAAAAAAAAGACGCUAUGAUCCUAAUAAAAACAGGGUAAACAUACAUAAAUGAUAUAAGUUUAGUAGCUCAAAAUUGCUAGUUUCCAACAAAUAUGUUUUCUGAUCCUAUUUUCAGGUUUUUGUAACAAAUAUAAUUUUUAAAUGUUUCCUUAAUAUUUGAUUUUCAAUUUUUAUAUCAAUAAAUAUAUUUGUCCAAAUACCAAUCAGUAUCCAAGUUCGAGUAUCGUUAAGCCUUGGGAGAUUAAAGUCUAAUAGGUUCGAACCAUGAUGAGUUCUAGUUAUCUACAUAGAUGUAUAAGAUGAUCAUUACUUGUAAACUAAAAAUACUUUGUCAUAAUCACUUCAUAGGAACAUUACCAGUAGUAUCACACUUUUUUCACUAUAAAACCCCACUGCGAAACCCUUUUGGAGUAAUCAAACUAGUAUCUAAAUCCUUCAACUUUUCUAAAACAAUGGCUUUAGAACACAUCAAAAUCUUUCUCAUUGUCUCUCUAGUUUCAUCAUUCUGUUUCUCGACCACUCUUUCUCGUCUUCUCGACGAUGAACUCAUCAUGCAAAAGAAGCACGACGAGUGGAUGGCCGAACAUGGACGUACUUACGCAGAUAUGAAUGAGAAAAACAGUCGCUACGUUGUGUUCAAACGCAACGUGGAACGCAUUGAACGCUUAAACAACGUUCCCGCCGGAAGAACGUUUAAACUCGCAGUAAACCAGUUUGCUGAUCUAACCAACGACGAGUUCCGUUCUAUGUACACUGGUUACAAAGGAGACUCGGUCUUGUCUAGCCAAAGUCAAACAAAAUCCACGUCGUUUAGGUACCAAAACGUUUCUUCUGGUGCUCUGCCGAUUGCUGUUGAUUGGAGGAAGAAAGGAGCUGUGACUCCUAUCAAGAAUCAAGGCAGUUGUGGAUGUUGUUGGGCGUUUUCAGCGGUUGCGGCUAUAGAAGGAGCAACGCAGAUAAAGAAAGGGAAACUUAUUUCUUUGUCUGAACAACAGCUUGUAGACUGCGACACAAACGAUUUUGGCUGCAGCGGUGGUCUAAUGGAUACUGCGUUUGAGCACAUAAUGGCCACUGGCGGCUUAACCACUGAAUCCAAUUAUCCUUAUAAAGGCGAAGACGCCACUUGCAAGAUCAAGAGCACUAAACCGUCAGCAGCUUCUAUCACAGGCUAUGAGGAUGUCCCAGUUAACGACGAGAAUGCUCUAAUGAAGGCAGUGGCACACCAACCGGUUAGCGUUGGAAUAGAAGGAGGUGGUUUUGAUUUCCAAUUCUACUCGUCCGGUGUGUUUACCGGAGAGUGCACAACGUAUCUUGAUCACGCGGUGACUGCCGUAGGAUACAGCCAAUCUUCCGCCGGAUCAAAGUAUUGGAUCAUCAAAAACUCAUGGGGAACAAAAUGGGGAGAAGGUGGAUACAUGAGGAUUAAAAAAGAUAUCAAGGAUAAAGAAGGAUUAUGUGGUCUUGCCAUGAAGGCUUCUUACCCAACUAUAUGAAAAACCGGUUCAAUACCCGGUCAAGGUUAAAAUGUGUAUUUUUUUUUUUUUUUUGAACACAAGGUUAAAAUGUGUAUAUGUGUGGGUUUUAUGUCUUAAAAUGGUGAUAUGAAUACUUUGUAUGGGUGUCACAAAAAACAAAGAAUAGUUUGUAUGGUUAUAAUUAAAGACUGUUGUAUGUAAUCUGUGAAAAAGGUAAGGAUGCAAAAGAUUUGAUAAGUUCAGAUUGUUUAUUUCAAAUUUA